AUGGAUGACUUGAGAGAAUUAGAUCACGAAUCAUGCAACGACUCGGAAGAUUUAGUCGAAUACACGGCGGAGGAAGAUGACCAAGACCAGGUUGAACCACUAAAUAUGGAUAUCGAUUUAGAAGAUUUGGUAGAAGAAUCCAACCAUCCAGAGGAAUCCGCAGAGGAGGUUAGUGAGGAGUAUUACACAGAUGGAAACGCUACGACAGACAGGGUCGUAUUAUCCCGAAAUACUAAGCUGGCAAUAUCUCCAAAAUUUUCUGAAGGGAAUAAAAUCAGUCAUACUUCGACGGAGCGCACUGGUCAGAAACUAAUCAUGGUUCCACAAACUAGUGUAUCUGCCGCAACAACGAUGAAAUUGUUGAAUUCUUCUCAAACCGUUGUUUCUCCAACAAUGACUACAACUUCAUAUCGACUGCUAAAUUCUGAUGGUACAAUGAUCAUGAACGUAUCUAACAAACCCACUACGGUAAAGAAAUUGAUUUCCGUCACCAACUCCAGUGCAAUCCAGCACGCUCCAUCUAAAGUGACACUCAAUUCAACUCCCCGCAUGAUGCAACUUCCAGCUCAAAAUAUACCAACAUCUUCUGGAAACUCUCUGAAACAAAUGACCGUUGCGAAAACAAUAACUAUGAAAACUAUACCUAGUGGUGCCAUCAAAAUGGUAUCGCAAUCACCUAUUUCAUCUAAUUCUACAGUUCUGCGUGUGACAAAGCCCAAUACUGUUGUCCAAGGCGUCUCGAUAGGAACGGCUUCAAAAAUAAUAAAAAAUAGCUCCAACAUUGCUGGAAAUGAAAUUUCCAAAGUUGUCAUCAAACCUAACGCUUCACAUACACCUGCCAAAAAAAUAAUUGCAGCCAGUAAUUCGUCAUUACAUGCGGUUUCCGUCCCUGGUGUCAAGGGAUUGCAGUAUGUGCGUGUUAUGAAUCAACGACCAACAUCGGUUGGCGCAAACGUUCAGAAAAUUGUAGUGCAAACAGCCAAUAAAGUUCCCAAUUCCCCGGUAUCCGUUGCUGUAACUACUGCUCCGACCGGAGCUUCCAGCGCUACUGCUUCUAAGUUAGUUGUUCAAAACAAUAAGACAUAUAUUGUACGUAAUGGUUCUGGAAAUGUUACUGCAGCAAUGCCAUCAAUAUCUAAUGUUGGAAAACCUACGAUCGUGCCUGCUAGCCGAAAAAUAAUUUUAAACACAGAAAACGUGCAAUUGCAGGAACAACCGACCAACUCUGGAACAACUCGCAUUAUACUAAAAAAAGAAGAUAUCAAAUCGAUUGUUCAUGCAUCUCAAUUGUCCUCAACUGACAUUGGUUGUACUAAAGGAACCAAUAUUGACGCGCGCAAAAAAGAUCAUCAAACACCCCAGAAAUGUAAUCUAGUAGUGAACAAAGAGAGUAUCUCAGUUGGCAGUGACAUAAAGAACCAAGAUGUUUCUGUAGAUUCUUUGAAAAUGUCCAACAACACUGGUUAUGGGUUUCCAGAAGAAGCCUACAAAAAGAGACCUUGUAAUUGUACAAAGUCUCAAUGCUUGAAACUUUACUGUGAUUGUUUUGCAAAUGGAGAAUUUUGCUACAAUUGUAACUGUAAAGAUUGUUACAACACCUUCGAUCAUACAAAUGAGCGACAAAAAGCUAUCCGUUCAACAUUGGAGCGUAAUCCAAAUGCUUUUAAGCCAAAAAUUGGAUCAAUCGGAACUACGGAUGAUGGAACACGAUUGCAUACCAAAGGUUGUAAUUGCAAACGAUCUGGCUGUUUGAAAAACUAUUGCGAAUGCUAUGAGGGAAAAAUUGCUUGUUCGAGCAAUUGCAAAUGUGUUGGUUGCCGCAACACUGAUCAGUUUACAAUGGAAUAUGAUUAUUUCCCAUCGCAUGACACAUCCAAAAAGUUGGGGGAGGAAGGACCAAUGUACCGAAACAACACACAUACUGUAAGCAGCAACAUUGGAACAUCUGCAGAAAUGAAACCAUCUAGCUCAGAGUUCGCUGGGCUGAAACGGCGUUCCGUAUAUCAUGAAACUGAUUUCUCUGAAUUGCCCUUAACUAAACAACCUCACAACUUUAUGACACUAGAUGUGAUAGAAGCAACAGUUCAAUGCAUGGUUGCGCAAGCUGAUGAGUGUCUAAAACGCGGCUGCAGCAUGCGUACUUCAGAGCGAAUGAUACUAGAAGAGUACGGGCGUUGUUUGCUAGAAAUCAACGAGUUUGCGUUUAAUACGGAAACCUGAUUGUAUUUCAUUAGAUUUGUUUGAAACACAGUUACACAACUGUUUCCAUGUUGAUCUUGCAUGUUUUGGACCAACAUGUUAUAUCUAUUUGGUUGAUAGUUAAGGAGUAGAUAUUUACUCUAAUAUUAGAUGCGAUCUGUAAAUAAUUGUGAAUCAGAUUCCUUAUCCAAACACUUGUGUUGCUAAAACAAUUUCAAACUGUAUAUUAUCGUCUAGAAUACGACCCUCAGGUGACUUAUAUGAGAAAUUUGUGGGCUCUGUAGGUAUAAUG